AUGGACAAUUCCAGAAUGAACUCUUUUUUGGAGUACACAAUUUGUAACCGUGGGCCGAACGCCUACUCGCCCAAGGCUGGAUACCACCACUUGGAUCAAGCGUUCUCGGGCCCCUUCCAUACCGGACACGCAAGUGACAGCUAUAACGCUGAUGGACGACUUUACGUAGGAGGGAGCAACCAGCCAGCAGCAGCACAACAUCAGCACCAGAGCGGCGUCUACGCGCAUCACCAGCACCAAACUCAUCAGAGUGGCAUUGGCCUUACCUACGGUGGCACGGGGACUACGAGUUAUGGGACCCAGGCCUGCGCCAACCCGGACUAUGCUCAACACCAGUAUCCCAUUAACCCUGAGCAGGAUGGGAUGUAUUAUCACUCAUCGGGGUUUUCAAACUCAAAUGUCGGUCCUCACUAUGGCUCCAUGGCUGGUGCAUACUGCGGGGCGCAGGGAGCCGUUCCAGCCGCACCUUAUCAGCAUCAUGGAUGCGAAGGCCAGGACCACCAGCGAGGCUACUCACAAGGCACCUACGCCGACUUAUCGGCCUCCCAAGGGAGGGAGAGGGACACGGAUCAGUCGCCACCUGGGAAGACAUUCGACUGGAUGAAAGUCAAAAGGAAUCCUCCUAAAACAGCUAAAGUGGCCGAUUACGGAUUGGGACCACAAAACACAAUCCGGACGAAUUUCACAACGAAACAACUCACGGAGCUCGAGAAAGAGUUUCACUUCAGCAAAUAUCUCACGCGAGCGCGGCGAGUCGAAAUUGCUGCCACGCUCGAGCUGAACGAGACACAGGUUAAGAUAUGGUUUCAGAACCGCCGAAUGAAACAGAAGAAGCGAGAGAAGGAGGGACUCGCGCCUGCUUCGUCCACCUUGUCUAAAGACCUCGAGGAUCACUCCGAUCACUCAACUUCAACAUCUCCAGGAACUUCUCCAAGCCCGGAUUCCUAA